GCUCAAUGUUGACAUCUCAUCAAUGUACGUCUCUCUGUAUUUCCUGUCGCAAGGCGCGACGAUGCAUCCAAAGACAUCGUGUUUCGGCGUCAAGGACACGCCUGUUGCCGCCGCCGAAUACGAACGGCCUCUGAGACAAAGACCCUUGAUAAUGACAAAGCCGCGUAGCACAGCGCGAGAUCUUACCACACGCGCACGUGCGGAACCCCGUUGACUGUAGUGCAACAAAGCAUCACCAGCCACAUUGAAGAUCUGCUAUUCCGAGAAUAGAUAUCGUAUCGAUGAACUGCGUGGCAGCACGUCGCAACGAUCAUCGAUCAUGAUUAUAACCAUCUCCUCCUCUCAUUGAUCACUCUCAUAUACAUUCUCUCUCACGUUCGCAUGACCCGCGAUGGUUCGACUCGAGGGCAACGCGCUCCUGUCCACGGUGGCGUUGCUGUCAUGCCUUGGAUUCCUGCUGAUCGGAUAUGACAAUGGCUUGAUGGGCGGUCUCGUCAAUGGCCCUGCUUUUGGCGCCACCUUUGACAUUGAUGCGAAUACAUCAGCUGGCGCCAAUCGCAUUGCGAUCAUCGUCGCAAUUUACGAAAUCGGAUGCUUCCUAGGAGCGCUUGCGACCAGUUUCAUCGGCGAAUUCCUCGGUCGUAAAAAAUCAAUCUUUAUUGGAGUGGUCAUCAUGAUUCUGGGUGCGAUUCUGCAGGCUAGCUCGUAUGGACUGGCACAAAUCAUAGUCGCAAGAAUCGUGCUUGGCGUAGGGAUGGGAUUUAUCAAUUCGACGGUGCCAGUGUUGAUGGCAGAAUUUGCCCCUAAAGCCACCAGAGGCGUUUAUGUCUGCGCACAACUGUCGACGCUCAACUUUGGUAUCAUGCUGGUGUACUGGAUCGAUUAUGGUUUCAGCAUCAUCCCCGGAUCCGCGAGCUACGCCUGGCGUGUUCCAACCAUCCUUCAAUGUAUAUUUCUAAUUCCGAUGCUCGCGAUCAUCUUGAUCAUCCCCGAGACGCCCCGCUGGCUGAUCGCCCACAACCGUUCCGAUGAAGCACUCGACGUGCUGCAAAGGCUCAACCGCAAGAUCCUCGGCGAGCAAGCCGUCCGCAACAUCCACGCCGAUAUUGUCAAGACCGUCGCGUAUGAGACUUCACUCGGCACCGGAAAAUGGGCUGAUCUUCUUAAGAGUGAUGAGAUUCAUUCUCGACGCCGAUUCUUGAUCGCCUGCAGUAUUCAAAUCUUCCAACAGCUCGGCGGGAUCAAUGCCCUUAUCUAUUAUUCAAACACCAUCUUUCAACAGAGUCUGAACUUCAGCAGUGAUUUGAGUGCUCUCAUGUCCGGAUUUCUGAACACAUGGUUCUUUGUGGCGAGCUUCAUCCCUUGGGUCCUGAUUGACCGCGUCGGAAGACGCCCACUACUGCUAUCUAUGGUCAGCCUAAUGGCAAUGGUCAUGGUCGUCCAGACCGGACUGAUCUACAACGUUCAGAAUCAAACAUCCAUCGCAAAAGGCUGUGGCGCUGGCGCCGCCGCCAUGCUGUUUAUCUUCCAAGGCGCAUUCACCAUCGGUUUCCAAGCAACGGUAUGGGUCUACCCAUCUGAAAUCCUUCCUCUCAAACUCCGUCAGCGGGGCUCCUCCGUCUCUACCGCGAGCAAUUGGCUCAUGAACUUCAUCAUCGUCUACAUCACCCCUCCCGCAAUUCAAAAUAUCGGAUACCGCACCUACAUCAUCUUCGCAGUCCUCAACGCAACAUGGGUACCCAUCAUGUACUUCUUCUAUCCUGAGACCAAAGGUCUUGCGCUCGAGGACGUCGAUCGGCUCUUCAUGAAAACCGAAGGUGCGCACCGACAUAUGAGUGCGGUCGCCCACAACGAGACUGACACUGAGGCACGAGGUGUGGAAUAUGUACCUCAUGGAGAGCCGCAUGUGAAGUCCUAG